AUGGACAUAAAGGGUAGAAUAGCACAAGCAAAACAAGCAUUUUACAAAAAGAAGCACCUAUUGACGGCAAACACUGUUAGCUUAAACACCAGGAAAAAUCUUAUAAAGAGUUUUGUAUGGAGUAUAGCCCUCUAUGGGGCAAAAACAUGGACGAUACUAAAAGCGAAAAGAAAAAAGAUUGAAGCAUUUGAAACAUGGUGUUGGAGCAUUGAAAAUUUCUUGGACAGAGAAAAAGGAAAAAUAGAAGGAAAAGCAGGAAGAGGUAGACCAAGAACACCAUUUAUGAAACAGAUCAUAGACGAUAAAGGGAAAACCAACUAUAAAGAACUAAAAGUAGCUGUAAUGGAUAGGGAUAAGUGGAGAGCCAUCAAAGUCAUUUAA